AUGGAAGGAGACAAGAAGGCGAACGGCAGCGGCCGCGGCGUGGUGCUCCUCAACUGUUUCGUGAGCCCGUUCGGUAACCGCAUCCGGAUUGCGCUGGCGCGCAAGGGCGUGGCGUAUGAGGAGAAGUCCGAGAACCUUGCGGCCAAGAGCCCUCUGCUGCUGUCCUCCAACCCUGUGCACGCCACGGUCCCCGUCCUCAUCGUCGACGGCAAGGCCGUGUGCGAGUCCCUCGUCAUCAUCGAGUUCAUCGAGGAGGCCUUCGCCGGCGUCGACGAGGCGCUGCUCCCUUCUGACCCCUACGCCCGCGGCCACGCUCGCUUCUGGGCCUCAUACAUCGACACCAAGCUGCCUGCGUGCGCGCUGCGGGUGUGGCAGUCGCCAAAGGGCGCGCCGGCGGCGGUGGAGGGGAAGAAGGACAUGGUGGCCGUGCUGAAGACGCUGGAGGCGGGUUUGGGCGGGAAACCCUACUUCGGCGGGGAGGCGCUCGGGUACGUGGACGUGGCGCUGGUGCCGUUCGCGCCGUGGUUCCUCACGUACGAGCGGCUCGGCGGGUUCAGCGUCGCCGCGGAGUGCCCCGCCCUCGCGGCGUGGGCGGCGCGCUGCGUCAGGGAGAACGAGUGCGUCGCCAAGUCGCUGCCGGAGGCCGAGAGCGUUUACCAGUUCGUCUGCGGCAUGAGGAGGCACUUCGGCCUCGACUAG